ACACCUGAGGGAAGGCGUCGAGUCUCCAAUCUGUGUAUGUCGAGUAUAAGUUGCUCAUUUGGGGUUUUGAGUCUCAAACCAGCGCUUAUUACUCUAGGCUUGUGUAACAGCCAUUCAUUAUCAUCAUUUUUAUAUGGAAGUCAGCAACGCCUAAAGCACAACAGGUACCGCUACCAUGUCAACAGAAGUACAGCCUGUGCCUGUAGCCCCCGCAGGACCCAUGGCUGAAUCUACAGUGCCUGCUGUUACCAAAGAGACCAGCGCAGGGCUAUCUGAAAACCAUACAGCCGCAACCACAAGCAAGUUUUUUUCAAGAGAGAAGAAGAGAGCUCCAGAGAGGACUGAUGAGUAUCUGCUGGCCAGGUUUCAAGGUGAUGGUGUUAGAUAUAAGGCCAAACUGAUUGGCAUUGAUGAUGUGCCUGAAGCUAGAGGGGACAAAAUGAGUCAGGACUCCAUGAUGAAACUGAAGGGCAUGGCUGUAGCUGCACGUUCCCAAGGAAAACACAAGCAAAGAAUCUGGGUGAACAUCUCUCUAGAGGGAAUUAAGAUAAUUGAUGAAAAGACUGGUGUGAUUGAACAUGAGCAUGCAGUGAAUAAGAUCUCAUUCAUUGCUCGUGACAUCACGGAUAACAGAGCGUUUGGAUAUGUGUGUGGGGCAGAAGGCCAGCAUCAGUUCUUUGCCAUCAAGACAACUCAGCAGGCACAACCCCUGGUUGUGGAUCUGAAAGAUUUAUUUCAGGUGAUUUUCAACACAAGAAAGAAAGAGGCUGAAACUACACAGAAGGAUGAUUCCAGUACUGUUAUUGAGAAUGGAAGUGAUACUUUGCUCAGUCUGGAUGGUCAAGUGGAGUCAUUAAAAGAUGAGAAAUUUUAUUUCUGCAUGCAGCUUAUGGAACAGAUGGACCUUUUUGGAGACAUGUCUACACCCCCAGAUAUCAACUCUCCUAUGCUGAACAGUGUUUUGUUGCUGGAGCUUGCUUCUGUGAUUGAUGCCAAUCAGAACCACCUUAAAGACAAUCCUUUCAUUUCUUAUCCAACAGUUCCUUGUAACACACCCACUGAUGCCCCAUUCUCUUCAGUUUUAGAUAAAGUCUUCAGUACCAGUCCAGUCCCAUUCAGUAAUGAAGCAUUUAAUCCACUUAUUUGCCAGUUUGGCACUUCCAUUUCUAAUGUUUCACCCAUGUUGACCAACUGCACAUCAGUUAUUUCUGAUUGCUAUAUGAAAGGGGAAAAAAAGAGCCCUCUUUUUUCCAACCUGAAUGAUCAAACAAAACUGUACUUACCCCAAAUUCCUUCUCCACUGUGUAAUGGUCUCAGCAACUCUUUGCUUCCUAUACUUCAAUCUCCACCUGUCUGUAAAAGUCAAGCUGUGCCACCUGUUUUACAUAAUGAUGGGGUGAUAGCCCUUUGUCCCCCACCACCAAGCUCUAACUGUGGCCGUGUGCAGAGGAGACGGAAGUCUUCUGGAAAUGAAAUGAUUGGGACAUUUGCAUCACCAACUCAGGGUGAAGGUGAACACAAAGCCCAUACCAGUUCCACUAUUCCAGGAGAUCUGUUCAACCCUACGAUCACCUCCACAGCUGCUAUUCUGUCCAUGCCAUUGGGAUCACCAUCAUUUUGUCAAGCUUCUACAACAGGUCCAUGGGGUCAACCAGCCCUCACAUUGUUUCCUGCCCAAGUACCAGUCCAAGGUACACCAUUAAAUUCUAUUGCCCAACCCUGUGGUUUUGGAACACCAGUGCCUCAAUGGGGACAGCAGAUGCCUCCUUCAGUUGGUACUCAAGCUUGGGGCCAACUAGCAACAACAGCAGCCUGGCCCCAAUCUGGCAUGGUGUCCAACCCCUGUCAGCCCUGUCGAUUUCCCUCAAUGAUUGCUCCCCCUGGAGGAAUUACAGUGCAGCCUUCUUCAGGACACCCCCUUCUGCCAUGUCGGCCUCCCCCUACAAUGGAAGAGUUACCGGCUAUUAAAAAUGCUUUUACUGCUCUGGACCCUCUCGGUGGAAAGGAACAGAAAACCGGAAAGGAUAUGUUCAAAGAUUUUCAGAUGGCAAAACCUGGAAGUGCCGCUCAGUUAAGACAAAACACUAACACAUUUGAUCAGUACUUCUCCAACAAAGUUGGAGUAGCCCAGGAAGCAGCUGACCAUGAUGAAUUUGACAUCAACCAGCUCUCUGAAAAAUCUGUUGAGCCUCCAGUACCUGUACUUCAACAGGCCUCUACAGCUACUAGACGAGUUCUGGCUCCAAGCUUGAACCAUUCCUCAACAGGAUUGAACUUGGAUGCUGCUUUCACUCCUAAUCCAGUUCCAAUUCCAUCAGACUCUGACCCUUUACCUGUUGCCAGGCUUUUUGAUGAUGCUUUUGGAAGCAGCUUUGUAGCACCACUUACAACAAGUGGUUCAGCUUCACAGACCAGUGCAAAAGCUGGUACCUUUGUAGAUCCUUUUGGAGAAAAUCCUUUUGCCUAAGCUUUGUCAAGUCCUGCAUUACUGAGGUUCCUUUUUUUUUUUAUAUAGGAAUUUUGAAACCAUCUGCAGCAUGGUGUGCCAUGCCUUCCUUCAGUCUUCAUUCCACUGUCAAUUUUUUUUUUUUUUUUUUGGGGGUUUCUUUUCUUUUCAAUUUUGUCAUUAUUUUAAGGUUUAAUUACAAAUUCAGGCUUCCAAUCACUUAAAUGCAAAAGUUUAUUUGGGAUUUAAAAAUGACUUUGGGAUAAUGACAGAAGUAUGAAACAAAACCUGGCAUAAGUUUACAGCAUGACACAUUCUCAGUGGAUUCCAAAUACCUACUGGAUAAUGAAAGAUGCUAAAUUUGUCUGAAAUUAAAUAAAGCAUGAAAUAAUU